AUGCUUACAAAGAGCCGGCAGUUGACUGUAAAAGGGGUCACCCUGACGAGUGAUCGUCGUGGCGAGGUGGAACUUUGGCUCACCUCCCCGAUGGGCACAGUGAGCAAGCUGCUGAGCAAACGUCCCUUCGAUCUGGACGUUGCCGGAUUUCAUGCUUGGCCCUUCAUGUCAGUGCACUACUGGGGCGAACUGGCUAACGGCACCUGGACGCUGACAAUUCACUCCGGCAAUGCCGUCGGUAUGCACCGAACUUUCUAA